AGUAUGAAUUAGAUAUCGAAGUUUUUUGUUUGUUUAAAUGUUUAUUUCUACUUUUGGGGCUUCACUGCACGAGUGACUUGCGCAUUUCUUAAUCGAUGGAGAGUUUAUCUAAAUUAAACUUAACUCUCAAGGAUAGCGCUGUGAAUCAGGCAUUGCCAUCUUUGCAUGAAUUGGGUGGCUUGAAAUCACGCUUAAAGUUCUUUAAAUCUGAAAAACUUUUUUUACAUAUCAGGACAUCAAUCAUAUUUUCUCUCUAUAGAUAAAUCAUGAAUAUAACAGAGUUUAGAAAGCUGAAAAGGCGCCAAUAUCAGGCUUCAUGGCAAUGGGCAAAGAGAAGAAAAAUGAUAUCGCAAAGAAAGGGUUCCUGCAUCAGUCUUGAUGAAACAGAUUCAGUUGACCUAGCUAAUCAGGUGGCAGCGUCACCUUCAAAUAACUCUCAAAGUCAAAAGUUGGAUGAAUUAUUCCAAACAGUGAAUCGGUUGGAAAGAAAAAUCGACCAACAUCUAGCGAAAAAGAUAAUCCAUGGUACCUUUGAUGAGGAAACCUUUCUAAAGAAAAUGAGGUCGUUAGAAGACCUGGACUCAUUAAACUCUAAACUGAACCAAGCAAACUUCAUGCAACGAGCGGUAGAAAUAGUAUCAUCAGAGGGGAUGGACACAAUUCAAGGAACAAUUCGUUCCAUAAUGCGAAGACUUGGAAGUAGAGAAUUAUGGUCUUCGAUUUCAUACAGAGGAAUCAGGGGAAAAGUAGCCCUUCUGACAUACCAGAAUAUCCCCAAAUUGAUCAAAAGUGCUACAAGGCUAGUGCACCCAGGAGCAUUAACCUGUAAGAUAAAGACUGGCAUUAUGGAGGUCCUGAAGCUUGAGGCUAAGGCUAGUAAGAGUCAGUACACACCGGUCAGAAUGCCCUGUCCCCUGGACUCAGAUGAGGAGUGCAACAUCACGGUGAACAGCAAGAAACAGAGAACAACAUCAGCAGAGGAGGAUAAAACAGAAAGUGAUGAAGCCGAGGAAGAGAAAUAAAUAUUUUUCUCAUAA